AACCCACCCCCUUCCGUUCGCUCGGACACACCCUCCUCAUUUCUCUCUCUCUCUCCUCUCUCCUCACGAACAGCACCGCACCUCCCCUCUCUCUCCUCUCCUCUCCCGUGCGAGCUGCCGCCCCCCCACGAGCGCGCCCGCGAGAGAGGCAGGGGGAGCCCCGGCGCCGGGGGGAGGAGGCGAUGGAUCUGGAGAGAUCGCCGCCGCCCGAUCACGCGGCGGAGGCGGCAGGGGGCGGGGCGUGCUCCAUCUGCCUGGAUCCGGUGGCUGGGCGCGCCGGGGGCAGGUCCAUCGCCAAGCUGCAAUGCGGCCACGAGUUCCACCUAGACUGCAUUGGAUCAGCAUUCAAUGCGAAAGGGGCAAUGCAAUGCCCUAAUUGCCGGAAGAUAGAGAAAGGCCGCUGGCUUUAUGCAACUGGACAAUGUCCAUCUCCUGAUAUUGAUAUAGGUGGCUGGGUGACUGGUGAAACCUAUGAUAUUGCUUCUGAUCUUCCAUUUGGAUUUCAGUGGUGCCCUUUUAAUGGAUUCACACAACUAGCAUCCGUUUUUGAGGAGGGUGAAGCGGAGCCACCGUCUUAUCAUACAGUGGCAGACCAUUCGAGUGCUGCAAGCAGUUCACUUGUUUGUCCUUAUCUUUCACUGCGGGGUUUUCUCCAUCCCGUGCAUGUGCCUCUUGGUUCAAAUUCUGGUGCUGAAGGCGCUUCAUUUCAUCGCCAUCCAACUAGCUUGGAAGGCCAUGCAGCUCCUGAUUUGGGCAAUACCCAAGCAGCUUUCCAUGCAACUGAGCCAAGAAUUCUUGAUAGUGAGCACAGAUAUUUGACUAAUCUUCCUGUAUCGGGCAUCCCGGAUCAUUCUGUAGCUCCAUUUGGUAUAGGACUUCCCAGAUAUGAAACCAGCAGCCAACAAAGAUCAAGACCAUAUGUACACCACCAUCCCCUAGUACACAGGCCCACACCUCGCAAUGGAAGCAAUCUGGUGGCACCAUUAGGGUCAGUUCCAGCUGUUAUGGGCGAGACUAGAGGCCAUGGUCAUGGUGCGAGGGGACAUAUGUAUCAACAUUCGAUGCACUCCUCAAUGCAAAGCAGUCCUUUCCCUCCUACAGCUAGGAGGGUUAGGCCGAGGGCUUUGACGAUCACGUCUUUCAUUGCAGCAGCAGCAGCGUCGUCGGCCGAGGUUGGAGUGCCUCAUGGAUUUGCUCCACCUGCAGCUGUGAACAGGAGCCUUCCCUCUGAUGGUGAAGGUGUCUCUAGACCACCCGUCGAUCGACCAUAUGCGUGGGGCUGGGAGGGCUUUGGGCCAUUCCCGUGGGUCCCUGUCGACGGCGAACCUCACUGGUGGAGCACGUUCAAUCCGAUGCAGAACCAUACACAUGGAGGUUUCACUCGAAGACCUGCUCCCGGGGAGCGGAUACCGCAGAGCCACCCGGACAGUGUUUACCAGCCUGUGCCUCCCCUGAGGAUGCCACCAUUCUUGUGAAGAAAGACCAUUUCUCCCAUCGCUGUGUAUAUCGGGAAUUAUUUGUUUCGAGAGAGGCCGAGUUUAGACUGUUGAAGGGUACCCGAAAUGAUGCCACUGGCGUGUGCUUGGUGUUUUUAGGGUUCUCUUGCCAGCGGACCUGGAUUUCAUUCAAAUGGCUGUGGUGACUUAUGAGAUCGCAUAUGUUGCGGUGGUCGGAAUUGUUUGUAAACGUUUGCCGAAACUGCUGCCGUUGGACAUGAUUGUGAUGCCAUUACUCA